CCUCGCGAGACGGGCAUGUGACGCGUCUGUUCGUGACACUCUUCUUGCACGUUCAUUUCGUGCCUUGUGGUGGUUCCUCGAAGACGUUCUUACCGCAGGCGUGCGUCGUCUCCAGCCGCUCGCCUCUGCGACGGUUCGCCGUUGUGCUUCCCUCGCUUUUCUUAUAUCGAUGAACUCUGAACCAUACCCUUGGAUCUCGCUCUCUCUCUGUGCGCGGUAGUGGUGCUGUUUGUGGAGUCUGUGUGCGGUGAAUUUGUGGUGACUCGUGUGGGUGGGUGGUGGAAAGUGGUAAUUAUAUCGUCUGCUCCGAUGAUUGUGGAUAUGGACGUGAGUGUGACCCCCAGAGUGCCGUCUGCUUCUUUGUGUCGUCUGCCAGUGUCGUGCACAGGACUCGCUGCCACUUUUGAUCGAGUGCAGGUGGAUUAUUGACCGAGCGACCGAGUUGCGCGAAUGCUGGACGAGUCAAGGAUGGAUGACCCCGGCGGGGGUGGGGGUGACUCAAGUCCUCAGAGGCUUUGGAACGCGGAUGCGGGUCACAUCGCGGUACCUGGCCCAAUCUUCUUCCUCAUCAGGGAACAGGCAAAGUCACUAUUGGCCAUAAAGGAACUGCAAGAACGUGUGCAGGCCCUCGAGGGAUUCCGCAAUGACAUCUUUUUUGCCAUUCAUGACAUCCAGAAGAGCAUGCACCACCCUGUGAAGCCCGCGUCUCAUGGUACUUCACCCCUCGUGCAGAGCAGCCAAUCAAGUGUCAACGCAGGUUCCUCGUCAAGUUGUCAUACGUCCAAAAUCUCCCCCAAGACAUCCUGGGCCAAGUCACAGAGGCUCACUGGAACGAACUCAAGCCGAAUACGGACUAAGCCAACUGUAGUCAUAUCCAAAGCUGAAAGUCCGACAAAACGACCGGCUAGUCUCUCUUCACAGGUCACAGCCAUCAAAGGCGAUGCUUCCACUACCCUCGAAAGUGACAAGCAGGACAGCGGAUUAGACUCUGAUUGUCGCGAUCACGCGUCUGGUGUUCCCAACAACUCAAUAGCUGCAGAGGAUGAACUGCUGCUGCUACUAGACGAGAUUGGUGAGCGAGGUCUUAAACUCCGUGAGAAAGUGCAGGAGAUGGAGAAAGGACAUAAUACAUACAGUGAUACUGGCUUCUCUCAUAAUCAUUCCUGUCCGAACCAGAGCAGCAUGCUUGAAUUCCACAGUAAGGAACUCCAAGCACGAUUAAGCCAGAUGGAGAUAGAAAGAACAAAUUACAGAGCAACUGUUCAGAAGCUGCAGUCAGUGAUCCACAGACUUGAAGGUGAGAAGACCGCAUGUGAAGAUCGACUGCAGUCGGCAGUUAACGAGAAACAACAGCUGGAAAAGAAGAUAUAUGGCUUACACAUGCAGUACGUCCACGGAGAACCAGGUAGCUUACCUUUGUCAAAAGGUGAGAGUUGGACUGGCGAGAGUCCACAAGACCCACCGAGCCUUCAGGAGAAGAAUGCUCGAAAAGGAAUGAGAUCCGAGGAAGGCAAAGCGAAGGUCUCAGCCAUACUUCGGGAGAACAACCCACUGGAGCUUCAGCGCUUGCUUCUGUUCUACACCCUUGAGAAUCAAUCGUUACAGCAAAAGAUAGAAGAGAGUGAUCAAAAGUGGUUUGCAAAGUUGUGUGAUUGGAAGACAACAGAGUCUUCUCUGAGGGCAGACAUCCAGAACCUAAUUCAGGAAAGGGAAGAGUGUUUGGAGAGUCUCCAGAAGCACCAGGAAGAAGUGAGGGCCCUAAGAGCCAAGUACCGAGUCCUGGAGAUGACUGUGCUUACCAUAAAUAACCGAGAUUGUGGGGACAGUGUUUGUGAACGCACAGCGCGAGUGCCCGCAUGGGUACACACGGCCAACCAAAGGUUGGCUCGCUCCUACCAUUGCGAUAGUGAUACCUAUGGUGAAGCUUACUACCGUGCGCAGAGCUUGCCACCAGUGCUCGUGGCUCAGGCCGAGAAUGCCCACACGAUGUUCAAGCAGAACAUGGCAACCUUACAUAAUGCUGGCUCUUCACUGACUGAAAACUCCCUCGAAGACACAACAUUUCAAAAUGAAGGUAUGGCCUAUGACCUCGAAGACCCCAGGUUUCAGAGGCCAUUACGCUUCACAAGUUCGCCACAAUCUUCUCCUCAGAAGCUGUAUCGUCCUCUUUGGCAGAACCCAGCUACAGUGCGAAGGUUCACCAGGGACCCAGUGCAUCUCAUGAACUUGGAAGACAGUGGUAAGGACCUUGAGUCUGGCCCAAAGUCGGACAUUGAAUUGAUCUGCAGUGAAUUCGAUCCAUUGGUGAAAGUGGAGGACUCUGCUGUGAUUGAUACGGGCAAAAAGAUGAGGCCCUUAGACUUUGUCGAUUCGCUAGAUUUAUCAAUACCGCUCAAGCCCACCAAAGUGCCCACCGGUGACAUAGAAGAUCCUCAAGUAUUCGGGGGAUUGGGGUCUAGAUACCUGGAAGCGCACAACGUGCCCGUUGAAGCUGUGCAACGGUCCAGGAGAUUUUCCAAUAUUUUGCAGAAGUCUAGGACGCUUUCAGAGUCUUCAACCUAGGCCCUACCUGCACAUUUUUAGAAGUAUACAUAUUAAGUUUUUCAAUUAAAUGCAAGCAGUGAGGUACAGACACAUGUUUAUUUUUUUGCUGUGGACAUGAAAAGGACAUGUUUUCUAGUGUGCUUUCCCAGACUCCCCGUUCCAUAGCCACGAUCAUGUCAGCCUUGCAGGAGGAGUCUCGGGACACCGCUUGGCAGUAUUUGUGGAGGGUCCUGUACAUAUGUAUCAUAACGUAGGACAAUGUUCCUGAUGCGAAAGAUUGUAGAUAAGGCUUUGCAUUCUGCAUUUGCUUGUGAUACUUGCCUCAACAUUCGCAGUAGUAUGAGAGUGUACAAAUGUGUCGCAAUGCAGAAAGCUGCUGAUGUCGAAAGGGGAGCCCAAAAUAUAUUGCUACCGCAGAGAUUCUAGUGGGCCUGGAUGUCCCAUGUGCUACACACUAAAUUAUGAAAUCAGUUGCGGAAUUAUAGUCUGUUAUUGCAUGCUAUCAGAAAAGGUUUUUGCAGUUUUGGAAGUUGCACAGUGCAGUUGAUCUCGUAGUCCAUGCUUUUACUAUUCUCUUGCAUACAAAUUUGUGCAUGCAGGCAUUUGCUAGCAAGAAAAAUAAAAAUUGUGUACUGCACACAAGUUGGUCCGUCCUAGAGAUCUUGCACAUGGACAUGAUGUAAUUCAUUAUUUGGUGAAAGGAUAUGUUAUGAAAUAGAAGUAUUUAUGUGAACAACAUACGUUCAUCUUGUACAAGAAUGUUCCAGCUUUGUGCUCAGAUGCUGCUGUGUUUGUGACAAAGCUGAUACCAAAGGAAAUAGUAGAGGUCUUGUUUUUCAUAUUGUUUGCAUUGCACUUUUCUGUGAGAGUUUCUGAUUAUAUGGACGAGUCUAUUAUAAAUAAAAGCAAAUCUAUGAACUGUAA